UUCGUCAAUGAGCACACAUGUCCUUUUUUGCAGUGGUAGACAGUAGUUUCCCCAAAUUUCCCAAUCCCUAAAACAAAAAAGAAACAAAAAACGUUUAAUUUCCCAAUUCCCAUCCUAAUUUCACACUUUUAAAUAGUGUAAAAAAAGAGAGAGAGAGAAAUUGCAUCAAUUACCUUUUUAUGUUGGAAAAAUAGUUUUGAUUGGAUAUGGCGAUGUUGGGAGACAUUGUUCAAUCUGUGGAGAUGUGGUUGAAGUUGAUAAGGAAACCACAACCCUACAUUGACCCGGAUCUCGACCCGGUUUUACUGGUUCCAGGUAUUGCCGGCUCGAUUUUGAAAGCUGUAGAUCAUCAGAAUGGGAAUGAAGAGCGGGUUUGGGUUCGGAUUCUCGAGGCCGAUUCUAAGUUCUGUUCCAAGCUCUGGUCUCGCUUUGAUCCUUCCACUGGUAAAACUGUGUCCUUAGAUCCAAGCACAAGUAUUACAGUUCCCGAAGAAAGAUAUGGAUUGUACGCCAUUGAUGUCUUGGAUCCUGACUUGAUCAUCGGACAGGAGAGCGUUUACUAUUUCCAUGAUAUGAUUGUUGAAAUGAUAAAGUGGGGUUUUCAAGAAGGGAAAACACUUUUUGGUUUCGGUUAUGAUUUUCGCCAAAGUAACAGGUUGCAAGACACAUUGGAUCGCCUGGCAGCAAAACUAGAGUCAGUGUAUAAAGCAUCAGGGGGGAAAAAGAUAAAUAUCAUAAGUCAUUCUAUGGGGGGUCUUCUGGUAAAAUGUUUCAUGGGCGUUCAUAGUGAUGUUUUCGAGAAAUAUGUGAAGAACUGGAUUGCGAUUGCUGCACCUUUUCGGGGUGCACCUGGAUAUAUUGCUUCUACCUUCCUAAAUGGAGUGUCAUUUGUUGAAGGGUGGGAACAGAACUUUUUCAUUUCAAAGUGGAGCAUGCAUCAAUUACUCAUUGAGUGCCCAUCAAUCUAUGAGUUAAUGGCUUGUCCAUAUUUCCAUUGGGAACAUAUGCCACUUCUUGAGAUCUGGAGGGAGAAAGAAGGUUGUAAUGGAAUUCCUCAGACUAUUCUGGAGUCCUAUCGUCCUGGAGAAAGCAUUGAUAUUUUUAAGGAGUCUCUUUCAGGCAACUCGAUCGACUAUGGUGGAGAGAAUAUUCCACUUCCAUUCAAUUUGGAGAUCUUGAAAUGGGCUAAAGAGACACACAAGGUGUUGUCUGAAGCUAAGGUUCCAUCUGGAGUUAAAUUCUACAAUAUAUAUGGGAUCAAUCUUGAGACACCACAUAGCGUCUGCUACGGAAGUGAGGAGGCACCUAUCACAGAUAUCCGAGACUUGCGGUUUUCUGAGGCCACUUAUGUAUGUGUUGAUGGUGAUGGAACAGUUCCAGUAGAAUCAGCUAAGGCUGAUGGACUCAAUGCAGAAGCAAGGGUUGGAAUCCCCGGUGAGCACCGAGGAAUUCUUUGUGAACCUCAUUUAUAUCGAAUUCUCAAGCAUUGGUUGAAGGCAGGCAAUCCAGAUCCUUUCUACAACCCUAUAAAUGAUUACGUAAUAUUACCAAUGGCAUUUGAAAUGGAAAGCCUCCAUGAGAAAGGCAUGCAAGUUACAUCACUCAAAGAGGAAUGGGAAAUCAUUACAGAAGAUCAAGGCAAUCAAGACGCUAAUAAAAACUCACUUGUUAGCUCCAUAUCUGUUUCACAAGGGCCAAGUAAGCAAUCCUCAAGGUCUGAAGCUCAUGCAACUGUCAUUGUUCAUCCACAAAACGAGGGUAAACAACAUGUCGAGCUAAAUGCCAUAAGUGUAUCCAUUGAUACUUAGAGUUGAAUUGUUUAUAAACUCAAUGAACCCUAGCAAAGCACUCGUGUGUAUAAAGCUAUCUGUAUAUUAAAAGCUCAUGGCUUCGAACUCAGACAAUGGGAACUAAAGUAUAUAUGCAUUUGUACAUAGUAAUGAAAUAAUAAAACUGUUGUAUAUUAUUGAA